AUCGGUAUGUGCUCUCUUUCUCAUACCAAAUGCUUUGUACUUCGACUCGUUAUCUCUUUCAAAAGAAUCUGAGCGUAAUUGCUGCUAUUUCUGGGUCUCUUAAUUCGGCUAAGAAAUUCUCCUCUUCCUCCAACUUCAACCCUAAAUCGACCCCUUUGGGCUUUAAACCGAUUUCUCCAAUUUGUGGCUCUCGAACGAAGUCCUUUUCUUGCAAUUUCUCCGGCGUUUCGCAAUCGGAACACUCAAUGGCUAGCCAAUCCCACUCCGGAUCUGUCCACGACUUCACCGUUAAGGAUGCUAAGGGAAAUGAUGUUGAUCUCAGCAUCUACAAGGGAAAAGCCCUCUUGAUUGUCAAUGUCGCUUCACAAUGUGGCUUGACCAAUUCAAACUAUACUGAGCUGAGUCAGUUGUAUCAGAAAUACAAAGACCAAGGAUUGGAGAUUCUGGCAUUCCCCUGCAACCAGUUUGGAGCUCAGGAGCCAGGAAGCAAUGACGAGAUCGUCGAGUUUGCUUGCACCCGCUUCAAAGCUGAAUAUCCCAUAUUCGACAAGGUGGAUGUGAAUGGUGACAAUGCUGCUCCAAUCUACAAGUACUUGAAGUCAAGCAAAGGUAGUCUCUUUGGGGACAGCAUCAAGUGGAACUUCUCCAAGUUCCUUGUUGACAAAGAGGGGAAGGUUGUUGACCGAUAUGCGCCCACCACUUCACCUCUCAGCAUUGAGAAGGAUGUAAAGAAGCUUUUGGGAGUUGCAUGAGUCAGCUCUUACCUCAUAAUCAAUAAUGGACGAGUGUUAGUAUGAAUAACCCUCUCUCUCCAUGUAUGUAUUGGCCCCAGUGGUGGGCAUAAAUAUACUCAAGUUGUAUUUUGUUUGUUAUGUAUUGCUGAACCAGUCACUUCAUUUUGAAUUGAGACUGUUUUCGAGUUGGCACAAGUAUAUCCAUAUACCUUGUGCGUUGUGUUUAUGCAUAUGAGAGCUUGGUUGUGCUU